AUGGUGUCCCUUAAGCAGCUUGCCCUCUUCAUCGGUCUCGCCUCGGCGACUCCCAUCGAGCCUCGAACCAUCGAGCGUCGUGCCGUCUCGGCCACCGACCUCGCCAACUUCAAGUUCUGGGUCCAGUACUCUUCCGCCGCCUACUGCAACACCAACAAUGCCGCCGGCUCCUUGGUCACCUGCGGCUCCGGCACCUGCGCCAGCGUGCAAGCCAACAAGGCCACCAUCGUCAAGACCAUCUCUGGACCUAGCUCGGACUUUCGGCUUUUGUCGCCGUGGAUCCCGUUCAAAAGGCCGUCGUAG